UAAAUAAAUAAAUAAAUGUUUGACUGGAUAAAAAUGCACAGAAUUAACAUAUUAAAUUAUUUAUAAUUUGUAAUCGUAGAUGCAAAUUUAGAUAUAUCUUAUCUCAAUAAAUUAUUCAAUCACAAUAACAAGCGCCUUUGUUAUUUGUCUUUUAGGUAGGAAGAACAGAUUAGCUCAAUUACUGUAAUGCCAAAUAUGAACAGAAAUUGUUUAAUGUUGCAUAGAAAUUCAAAAAUAUGUAUUUUUGAAAAUAUUUUAGAAAGCAAUUUUUCAGUGGUAUGGUAUAGUAUAGACUAAUACAACUCCUUUAAACUUUUUUGAUAAUUUUUUAUGACAAGGAAAUGUUCAAGUCAUACUGGUGCUCUUUACAGGUUUUGUCUGCUGUUAAAUAAGUUAUUUAUUUUUUGGUCAUAUCUUUAAGACAAGGAAUCCCCAAACAGUAAAGUAGAUGGAUCCAUCUACUUUACUGUGAUGUGACGAACUUGGAAAAACAAUUUACAGAUGAUCUCCUUCCAUGGCGUCCAGAUAAACUUUAAUAACCUGAAAAUUUUGGAAUAAUCAAGAGCUAAAUUUCCCAAACAGCCAUCUGUCCUUACUCUGUUUUUCAGAGCACGCUGUUUUCCCGCAGAUUGUGUUAUCAGGGCUUGGCAUUGCUGCACACUGGAACAGCUGAUAGGAGGAGUCAACUCAACUGAAAUUAACUUUUAUAAGACACCCAAACAGUCUUUUAUUUACAACUGACAGGGUACCAGAUGUGUAAUUUCCUUGAGAUGUGCGUGGAGCAGCGUGCUGUCAGCUAACAGUUCGUGGCGAGAGGACAGCAGAUCACUGUAACAAAUGGUUAUGUGUCUCCACCAGGUGGACCAGUGAAAGGCUCUUCUAAAUGUGCUCAACGGCCAACUAUGUUCUCCCAUUGAGGAGAAGCUGUGAGGUGGUGGCUACUCCAGGCAGGCUGUGCGGGGGGCUGUCCAUGCCUGCUAAUUUUAAUGGAGUCAGGCCUCAUGGACCGCCGCAGGACAUGGAGAUGGACAUGGCUUGGCAGGAGUUGAUGGCCAUCACUGAGCUCCAGGAAUUCGAAGUCCAAAGUGGAAACUCCUACCAAGCUGCACAUUAUCAAUCCAUGCAGCCUAUGGCCCCCGCUGGAGAGUUUGGGAUGACUCAGUCCCAUUCAGAACCUCCUCCUGCUGCCGCCUGUGAGCUGAGCACUGCUGACACUUACGAGGGAUGUUACUCUGAAGAAGUUCCUGCCUGCCAACGUCUCAACAACAACACAGAUGCGGCGUAUGGAAAUGUAGAUUCACAGCUGCCUCACAGAAUGCUUCCCAUCUCGCCCCACGCUCAGCCGUCUCUUAUAAACAUGGCAGGUACCGCUCAGGGUCAUAGAAGGCCAAACAACAACAUCUCUCAGGGUUUAAGUCGACACAUGCUGUGGACUACGCUGGGGCAAAACGCCCAUGUUCGCUCUGGGGAUGAUCUGGAAUCAGAUUCAGGUCUCUCACUGGGAUCCAGCCCACCUUUGGCUUCUCCAGACAAUCCAGUCGGAGGUGGACCAGGUUACCAAAAUAUUGAUAUGGGAACACAAUAUAGUGAAUGUGAACCAGAAAGCAUGACUGAGCAUGGCAGAAGAGGCCACAUGCAUUAUCCAAUGGACUAUCAGAGUCAAACUCUCCCAUAUCUACACUCAGGUGGACACGCACCUUACUUUUCACCUCAACCCAAUUACUCUCAUUCACAAACUUGUUCUACGAAUCCUCGACCUCUGAAACAGCCCGUUACCGCUGAUCUAUACGGCAAUGCAACAGUGACCAGCAGAGGGAGCUCAUACAGCAUGCACACAAAGUCACAAGGCAGCAGCUCCACUCCUGUUCCUCUGAGCAGAGAUGAGCGCAAGGCUGUGGCUCUGAAGAUUCCCUUCCCCUUGGAUAAGAUCAUCAAUCUCCCUGUGGAUGACUUCAAUGAGCUCUUGACACAGUACACUUUGACAGACACUCAACUCGCACUGGUCAGAGACAUUAGGCGCAGAGGAAAGAACAAGGUGGCGGCACAGAACUGCAGGAAGAGGAAGCUGGAGAGCAUUGUUCACUUGGAGAGAGAGCUGAACCACCUGCAAGCCCAAAGAGAACAUCUGGCACAGGAGCGGCUGGAGUUCCAACGUAGCUUGACUUUCAUCAAAUGCCGACUCACAGACCUCUACAAGGACGUUUUCUCUCAUUUACGAGAUGAAGACGGCCAGCCUUACUCCAUAGAUGAAUAUUCUUUACAACAAACUCCUGAUGGAAGUAUUUAUUUGGUACCUCAUUCAAUGGAUAAGAGAGACCAAUGUUAAACUAUUUCAGUCCAGCAAGUGGACUAAACGACUUGCUUGUGAGUUUUGCAACAGUUUGAGUAAACUUGCCAAACGUAACUGUAAACAUUUUCUGCUCCUUAAAAAAAAAUGACUAAAACCAAAUCAUUUAAAAUGUAUAAAAAUUUAUUAAAAAAAAAAAAAAGAGAUGUAAAAAAAAAAAUAAAAUCUGCACUCCACUCUUCAAUGAAGUUAAAACACUUCUGCAUUGCACAACUGUCCAGUUAACCUGUUGGGGAAACAAAACAAUGUUUUGUCAUUUUGUUGUAAUAAAAAUGCAAAUGUUAAUACAA